AACUUAUUGAGAAAGAGAGUCCUCUUCUGUCGUCUAUCAAUUUGGAACAAACUAGGAAAUGGAAGUAGUAGGAGAGCAGCAGAGAAAAAGAUUCGAGUUUGAUAUUAUUUGGAUGUUCCCGUAGACACUCAAAGCCCCAAACUUGAUAUUUUUCAUGUGGUCAAAAUACAGUAUGUACAUGAACUUCAAGUCGUUCGCAAUUCAGACGGAUCGAUAACUUGUUGUUCCUCUCAGUCUCUGAGCGAACUUCCCAAUUGUUGCAGAUGGAGCCAAUAAAUUCAUUAAAUCCAGAGAUAAUGGAUGUGGAUCCAGGAAAGCUUGAUGGUAAUGCAGCAAAAGUGGAGGAUUUUAGGAAUCGCAUUGAUGAAAUAUUCACAAAGGUUGAUAAGCUUGAGAAAAGAGUAAACGAGGUUGAAGAAUUCUACUCAGCCACAUGUAACACUCAUGUAACCACUUCCAAAGGUAGCUUAACUGUGAAAGACAAAGAGAGGGAGAAACAUUUUAUUAGUGUUAAGAAGCAGCAGCAAGAUGCAUCACGAAGGGAAGCAGCUGCUGCAAAGAGAAUGCAAGAGUUGAUGCGCCAAUUUGCCACAAUACUGCGUCAGAUUACUCAGCACAAGUGGGCAUGGCCAUUUAUGGAGCCUGUAGAUGUCCAAGGUCUGGGUCUGGAUGACUAUUAUGAGGUUAUUGAUAAGCCCAUGGACUUUGGUACAAUAAAAAGUAAAAUGGAGGCAAAGGAUGCUUCUGGGUAUAGGAAUGUCCGAGAGGUAUAUGCUGAUGUGCGGUUGGUUUUUAAGAAUGCAAUGAAAUACAAUGAUGAAAAAGAUGAUGUCCAUGUAAUGGCCAAGACUUUGUUGGAGAAAUUUGAAGAGAAAUGGCUGCAACUUUUGCCUAAAGUUGCUGAAGAGGAAAAGAGGCUAGAAGAGGAGGAAGCUGAAGCACAACGAGACAUGCAACUUGCUCAGGAGGUUGCAUAUGCUAACAUGGCGAGGGACAUAAGUAAUGAGCUAUGUCAGGUUGAUCAUCAUCUGAAGAAUCUUAGAGAAACUGUGGUUCAGAAGUGCAGGAAAAUGUCUGCUGAGGAGAAAAAAAAACUCGGAACAGCUCUUACGCGGCUGUCUCCAGAAGACCUCAACAAGGCACUGGAGAUAGUCGCUGAGAAUAACCCAAGUUUCCAAGCAACUGCCCAGGAGGUGGAUCUUGACAUUGAUGCUCAGAGUGAGUACACCUUGUGGAGGUUGAAGGUUUUUGUGAAGGAAGCUCUAAAAGGUCAGGCUGAUAAUGGUGGCAAAAACAUUGUCACCAACAGUAACAAUGAUGAUAACAAGAAGAACAACUCUAAGCGAAGAAAAGAGUUAUGUGAUGCCCUUGCUAAGAAUGCUGUUAAAAGGACUAAAAAGAUUUCUAGUUUGUGAUAUACCAUCACAAAAAUGUUUCUCAGUUGCUUUUUUGGUUCACAUUGUGUGACCAUAUUCUGACGCUGACCUGUUCAGAGAAAUGUGAUUAUGUGUAGGUUUGAAGAGUAGUUAUUCUAUGAUUCUUUUUGCGGCAGAGCUUCUUGAUCUGAAUGUUUGUUUCUUGUUCUUGGUUUGUGUCUGGUAGGUUUAUAAUCAUAUUCAUUAAUUUCCUGCCAAGCUCUAUGCAUGCCUUGUGCAUAAGCUAUGAAAAUUAGAGAAUGCUGUUGUAGCCUGUAUGUAGCAGAGGGCUGGUUAGGGAAAAGUUAGUGUGCAAUGAUAGAAAUUUCGUUGUCAUCAAGUUGAAGUAAAAGUUACUUGAAGACUUACUUCUGCAAGCAAGGAACUUCUAGUAUUGAAAUACUAGAUUUUAGGUUAGGUUUAAAAGAAGUUAAAAUAUGUGAAAUGUCCUCAAUUUGACUUGCAAACUUUAAUCAAAUAGUUUCAACUAAUCAUUAUUGUUCUA